GAUGUGAGCGUUUCCAAAAUUAAACACCAGCCGUUCCAUAUCCCCACCCAGUCGCACUUUCCGCGCGAUUACAGGAAAGCUGUAAUCCGUAAUAUUAUUUAUAUUUACGUUCAAAUGAUUAUUUGUGAGUGUUUGUGGUGGUAAAUUAAAAGUUUAGAACAUGGAUAUACCAACUGAUGUGUGGGGUCAAUUGGCCUUGGAGGCCAGUCAAGUGUAUAUGGUGGAUGGAACAUUUCGGAGCCCAUUUGCUAACACGACAAUAGAAAAACUGCCGGAUAAAGUGCUACUGAACAUUUUUUCAUAUCUCACACAUCGUGAAAUAUGUCUAAUGGCAACAGUUUGCAAGCGCUGGCGACUCAUAGCGUACGACACAAGGCUGUGGACGCAUGUCAGUCUGCGACCUGAAAUAUCUGGAUUACACGUCGGUUCCCUAGAAUCCCUACUAGCUCUCAUCUCGAUCCGCUUCGGCCCGUCGCUGCGCUACAUCGAGCUGCCCAUCGAGCUCAUCACGCACACGGUGCUGCACGAGCUCGCCGCCAAGUGCCCCAACCUCACGCACAUGCUGCUCGACUUCAGCACCGCCAUGCAGCUUCACGACUUCUCCGAGAUGCAGGCGUUCCCCACCAAGCUCAAGUACCUGUGCAUCUGCCUGUCCGAGGUCAUCUUCAUGGAGGGCUUCAUGCGGAAGAUAUAUAACUUCAUCAAUGGACUGGAGAUCUUGCAUCUUAUUGGCACCUACGAGAAGGUGGAAGAAGAAGAAGAGGAGAUCUACGAAGUUAUCAACGUGCACAAGCUGAAGUCGGCCACGCCCAACCUGCGCGUCAUCAACCUGUACGGCAUCAACUUCGUGGACGAUACGCACAUCGACGCGUUCAGCUCCAAUUGUAUACAGCUGGAGUGCCUGGCGGUGAACUUCUGCAACAAGGUGCGCGGCUCCACCAUGAAGACUCUGUUCCAGCGCUCGCGCCGCCUCACCACGCUGCUCAUGAACGGAUGCAACCUAGAAUCCGAGUACGUAAUGCAAGUAGAAUGGGAGAAAUCGUCGAUCCAGGAGCUGGACGUGACGGCCACGGACCUGUCCACCGAGUGCCUCAUCGACAUGCUCACCAGGAUCCCCAACCUGCGCUUCCUCAGUGCCGGGCAGAUUAAUGGGUUCAAUGAUUCGGUUCUGAAGGCGUGGACUGAGGCUGGCACUUCUAGGAACCUAGUAGCCCUGGAUGUGGACUCGUCAGACAACAUAACGGACGAGGCGCUGCACCGCUUCCUGUCGCGGCACGGCAGCCAGCUGUGGGGGCUGGUGCUGAGCGGCAUGACGCACAUCACCGACCAGCUGUGGCAGAGCGUGCUGCAGGUGCUCAACAACGCCAAAAUCCUUAUCAUGGGAACACAAGAGAGACUUGGAGUCAAUAUUCACGUUGAUCAGCUAAUGGACGGCAUCGCCAACUACUGCCCGAACCUGGAGCGGCUGGAGCUGCGCUGGGACCCCGAGAACCUGCGCUUCAGCGACAAGAGCCAGAAGGCCAUCGACAUAUUGCGCGUCAAGUGCCUCAAACUCAAGUGUCUAGUGCUCAGUGACGGUCGCUACUACGAGAUAGUGAAGGCCAACUUCGAGCGCGCAGACCGCACCACCGUGGUCCGCACCUCCACCAACUGUCGCGUCUCCAACUACUACCUGCUGUCUAACUACCGCGACUUGGUGUUCAAUUAGAAACUGUUCAGCCGAGUGUCUACCUCUAAACGAAAUUAUGUUUUAAUCUGUACAUAAUUAAUUACAUAUACAAAGUGGCGCCUCUACCGGUAACAUCUGGUAGCAUCUAAGCUAAUUCCGAACCACUAUUUUCGAUUUGUAUUUUUAUACCUUUGAGGAACAAUUAAGUUGAUCAAUAUAAGAAAUUACAUCUAAACAUAAGUGAAAAUGGGAAAGAAAAUGUACUGUAAUUUAUUUAUAUAUAUAACUCAUACUGUAAUUUAUUUAUUUUGCUCUGUUGUGAUUGUUCAGUUCAGCAUUGGUUUUUACGAAUCAUUAUUAUAUCAUUGGUUCAAUUCAAGCUACAGUGCUGCCAAUAUUGGACAGUUUUCUAUUGAAACGGUCUAUCAAAUGUGUCUAGGUUCUAAAUGUAAAUUUUAUCCUUGUACUGUUGAUUUAUGGAUGCACGUUGAUGUUUAUAUUUUAAUAAAUCGUUUUAUUGUUGUUUACCUUGA